AUGUCAUGGUCCCAAACUUUUACACGACACUCAGGCCUCGGAGCGAACACCUCUGCCCUCAGAGUGAACACCCCGGCCCUCGGUACGAACACCUCUGCCCUUGGAGUGAACACCCCUGCCCUCGGUACGAACACCCCUGCUCUCGGAGUGAACACCUCUGCCCUCAGAGUGAACACCCCUGCCCUCGGUACGAACACCCCUGCCCUUGGAGUGAACACCCCUGCCCUCGGAGUGAACACCUCUGCCCUCGGAGUGAACACCCCUGCCCUUGGAGUGAACACCCCUGCCCUCAGAGUGAACACCCCUGCUCUCGGAGUGAACACCCCUGCCCUCGGACUGAACACCCCUGCCAUCGGACUGAACACCUCUGCCCUCGGACUGAACACCUAUACCCUCGGAGUGAACACCCCUGCCCUCGGAGUGAACACCUCUGCCCUCGGACUGAGCACCUAUACCCUCGGAGUGAACACCCCUGCCCUCGGAGUGAACACCCCUGCCCUCGGACUGAACACCUCUGCCCUCGGACUGAACACCUCUGCCCUCGGACUGAGCACCUAUACCCUCGGAGUGAACACAAAUGGCCUUGGAGUGAGCACCCGUGGCCUCGGAGUGAACACCCCUGCCCUCGGUACGAACAACCGUGGGCUCGGUGUGAACACCCCUGCCCUCGAGAUCUGUCUUCUGACCAAGGGCAGGCGCACGGCCAGUGUUCGCGCCGACACGUACUGCCGCCUCUUCUCGCUGUCCGUGGACCACUUCAAUGAGGUGUUGGAGGAGUACCCCAUGAUGAGACGGGCCUUUGAAACCGUGGCCAUUGACCGACUGGACAGAAUCGGGAAGAAGAACUCGUUGCUGCUGCAGAAGUUCCAGAAGGAUCUGAACGCCGGCGUGUUCAACACCCAGGAGAACGAGAUCCUGAAGCAGAUCAUUCGUCAGGACCGGGAGAUGGUGAUGAUGGUGGACCGCAAACAGUCCGUUACCGGGAUGAACUCAACUCCAAUGUCAGGAAACUCCAUCAUUAACUCACCAGCUCAGCCGCCAUACUCCACUGCCUUUGGCACCAGUCAGCUCCAGCAGUCCUCAGUACCUCUGACCUACAGUGCUUCAGCGAUCGCCAACGCCUCCGCGGGCCGCAUCCUGCCUGUGGCUGCGGCUGCUGCGGCCGCUGCUGCGCAAGGCGUGUUCCCUGCUGCCAGUAUCUCCCAAGGAAACCUGAACUCCUCCAUCUCCCAGACCCCUCUGCAGCCGCCUGGAGCCAUCAUGUCGCCCUGCUCCUUCACCGCUGCCAUGUGCAGCCCCCCUGUACAGACCCCUCUGGCCGGCAGGAGCUUCCACUACAGUUCUCCCACGGCCUCGCAGCUCUCCCUCAUCCAGCAGCCCCCCCAGCCCCCUCCCUCCCUGUCCCCACAGCCCUCCACUGCAGCAGCCUCUGCAGCGCAGCCUCCUCAGCAGCAGGCCCCCUCCCCUCAGAGGGGGGACAUCCACAAGAGCACACAGGCUCUGCAGUCGGGCAGCUUGAGUCGAGACCUGCGACACUUGUCCGCAUCCCAACCGUCACUGCCACACGACACGUCCCUGGGGCCGCGAGCACACCCCACCUCAGGAGACUCUCUGGCCUCCAUAGUGCCACCCGCCGCCGCAGCCGCCAUCCAGGGGAUGAGUCUGCAGGGCAUCCGCAGCACCGUGCCCCAGCGGGUCAAUCUGUUCCGCCAGAUGUCGUCCGGUGCUCUGCCGCCGGUGCGCUCCUCAGCAGCUGCUGCAGCUGCAGCAGCGGCUGCUCCCACCACCCCCUCCUCCAGCGGCCCCCACAGGGAGUCUCCCGGCUCCAGGAGAGAUUCUGUUCUUAGCAGUACAGAGAUGGAGCAGGACAAAAUGCGCUUUGCAUCAAAUUUAUGA